AUGGAUGAAGAUAUGAAGAAGAUGGAGAUAAUGCAAACUCAAUUGGAUCAGGCAAAUGAGAAAUUGGCCAAACUUGAGAGUGUGGCUGAAGACUUGGACUCGGCAAGGAAGGAGAUAGUGCUAUUGGAGAAGGACUGCGAUUUAUUGGAGAGCCAUGAGAAGGCGUCAAAGAGAUUGGUGGUGGCCCUCACAGAAGAGAUGGAGGGUGUUCGCGAUGAACUGAAGCUCACCAAGGAGGAGCUGGACGUCACCAAGGAGGCCUACGCCAUCACACAAGACAAUGAAGCCAACAACAAAGACACAAUCGAGAAGUUUGAAAAGACUCUGCAGAUCCUGGUCAUUGAGAAGCAAGACCUUGAGGAGGCACACAGGAAGCUGAUGGCACAGCACCAGCGCCAACAGCUCGCACAACCACUGGCAGUCCAAGAUCAACCAGCCGCACCCUCGAACGAGAACGCACCGCCAAAGAUGGAGAACAGCAGCAGUGCCCCGCCGACCAAACACAAGGGACAUCAUCGCGAGAACAGUCUGACGAUGCAGAAUGUGGAGGUGCUCCAUACUCCUCCACAACUGGACGCCAAGAAGCAGACACCAGACAAGGACCUCGUGGCCAUGAACAAUGAGUUGAGCAAACAGCUCGAGAUAAUCAAGUCAGACUUGGAACACAACAAGCGAGUACAAAGACAUGACCUGGAAACCCACACAUCAGAGCUGGCCGAGCGCGACCAAACGAUCAAGUCGUAUGAGAAGGGACUGUACGAGCUCGAGGUCGCGACCAGGAAGCUCAAGAGUGCCAACAACACCAUCAAGAAGCUAAAGGAUUCGCUGCUGGAGAAGGGCAUGGCCACGGAGGAGCUCGACCGCAUGGUCGGCGUCGUCCAAGUCAAGCGCCAGGUGUCCUUCAACAAUCAACUCCACGUGCGAUCAUUCGAUCUCAAUCUCAAGAUUGGUGUCGAGGAGGAGGAGCACGAUGUUGGCGAGACCGGUCCGAACUAUGUCGACAGGUCACGUCUGUUUGAGAACAGCAACAAGGAGGAAGAGGACAGUGAUGACGAUCUGAUGAAGUAUGACAACGAUAUGAUUUGCAAUGAUAGCAUCGAUCUUGAUGACGGUGAUGAUGAUGGCGAUGUUGUCGUCCAUGAUGAUGACGAGGAAGAGUACAUGGACGAGGAGGCUGACCGAGAGUUGGAGAGCGAGAUUGUAAUGAACAAUGACAGCGACGAGGAGAGUGGCAGUGGCAGUGGCAAUGGCAGUGAUGCAGAGGAUGACGAAGAAGUAGUCCGAGAGCUUGAGAGUGAGAUUGUGAUGAACAAGGAUAGCGACGAGGAUGACGAAGAGGUCGACCGAGAGUUGGAGAGCGAGAUUGUUAUGAACGAGGACGAAGAGAUCAUAGAGGACGAGGACGACCAAGACGUGGACCAGGAGUUGGAGAGUGAGAUAGUGUUGAACGAGGAUGUGGACAACGAGGACGUGGAGAAAAAGGAGUUAAGAGAGACAUUGGACACGUACAAGAUUGAGAUGGAGAGUCUGGAGAACACAGUGUCGUCCAAUCUGGAGGAUAUUCAGACAUUGCAAAGAGAGAAGGGAUACUUGUCCGAGGUGAUCCGCGAUGCCAACAAGGUGAUCUGGUGCAUAUUGGACUCAUUGCUCAAGAUGAACAACAAGAACCAUGGUGGAAGUGCAAUGUCAGAGAUGGAGAAUGAUAAUGGCGACAGCAGCGACGAGCGGUUGGAGAAGGACUCAUUCCCAUUCGUCUCCAAACUCAAACACAACAUCAAUCAUCUUGAGAAGGCCGUCAAGGUCAUCUCCACGUCGGAUGACAAGAAGUCCACCUCACGAUCGUCCAAGGCCAACCGCGACCUUGAGCAGGACGUCACACUGUUUGAACAAGAGAACACCAACCUGAUUGGCGAGCUGCAGCGCAUGCGCACUGAUCACACAAGCAUGAGCGAGUACAUUAAGCAGCUCGAGCUUCGCGCCAAGGCACUGGAGGAGAAGGACAAGACCCAGCAGGACUUCCUCCUGCAGGAGCUGAUCCCCUUACUCGAGGAGAUCAACAAGCAGCUGGAGUUGGCGCUGCAGUACCGCCAGGAGUUGGAGACUGCCGUCGCCGACAAGAAGGAGCGCAUCAAUCAGCUGGAGCAGGAGAACAAGCAGGUCACUGUGCUGUGUGAGAACAUCAACAGCGAGUACCAGCAGCUGGACCAGUCACUUCAAUCAUCCAACAAUGAGAUCCAAGCACUUCGUCAAUCAUUGGCCACCGCUGAGAACAGGGCCACCGAGAGCGAGGACCACUCGCACCGUGUUGCCGACCUCGAGUCACAGAUCAAGUUGCUGCAAAGCCAUGUCGACAGUCUCACCUCACAGCAGUCCAUGCACGAGCAGGAGCAACAGCAAUCACAGUCCAGCAUUGGCGAGUUCAAGAAACUCAACAAACAUCUCGAGACACAGGUUGAGCUGCUCAAGCAACAGCAACAGCAACAGUUGCUGCGACAACAAUCAGUUGCACCUCCCAUGGUUGGCAUGUCGCAGCCACCUUCACAAAAUGCAACAGCAGCGACUGAGCACCUGACACCUCAAUUGGAGGACAUCCCAACGAUGGACAUCACCAACUUGCUCAAGUACACCUCUGAGAUCAUUAACAACAAAUCACCAUUCCCGGCUCGAUCCAAACCAGUCGACCCAUCUUCGCCAAAGCCAACCCCCGACAGGAUCAACACGUCCUCUCCACCUGGAUACUCCCAAUUCAUGGAUGAGCUGUCUGACCAAGGUCAUGAACACAACAACAUCAGGAGCAAUAACAAUCACAACAAUAGCAGUAGUACAAGCAUUGAUCACAGGAGACAUAGAUCAAUCAUUGAUGACUUGGACAGAGUACUCUAUAACAAUGAUAUAGAGAGGUUGGCCUCUGGCAUCAAUAUCACUACUCUACCGCCAGUUGCCAGUAGCACCCCAUCAAUCCAACAUCAUCAACAACAACAGCAACAGUCUAUCUUUGGUUACUUCACGCCCUCCCAUUCAAUCACCACUGCGUUGCCAGUCACUGUCCACACCACUGCGCCAGUCCUAACACCACUCAAGCCAAACAUCAGUCCAUCACGUCACUCCAAUGAUCACGACAUGAUGCACAUGCCAUCCACGCCACAACACUUGCAUCAGAGGAAUCACAACUAUCCAAUGUCUGCAGCUCACGUUCGUUCAAGGCCCACAAACACCAAUGCCAAUGGCAAUGGACAUGGAGCAUCUGGCAAUGGCAAUAUCAAUUACUUUGACGUCGACCAAGUUACUAUGGCACAGGCGCCAAAGUCUGCACCAACUACACCCUACAAGAGUGGCACUCGAUUGUUUGGCAACUCACCCAUGCCAUCACCAAUACACGACGCUGGGCAAUUGGACAAUAGCCAUCAAAACAAUCAAUCACAGUUCAUUAUGGAGCAAUUGUUGCGCGAGAAGGACGAUCGCAUUGCCUACCACGAGAGGAAGGAGUUGGAGCUGAUGCAAGGACAGCUUCGCGAUCUGAAACAUAUCUUGGACAAGACAACAAUGAAGACUUAA